GGUCCUGGAACGGUGGUUCUGAAACUGCAGCCUCCGGUUCUGCAGGAAUCUAAUAUUGAUACUGUACUCAUAAUGCAUUUAAAAUUCGUUGUUUGUUUUCGGGGAUCGUAGAGAUGUCACAUCCUGUCUGCAGGCAGGACAGUGAUUCUGCAGCACGUGUCUUCAGACCAUAGACUGUAUCAGACAGUGACAGAAAUGAUCGAUAAAGUCUGAUCCGCUUCGACUUUUACCAUAAAGGUGUGAAUACGGGUGCACUCCAGGAUUCGGGGGGGCUGGUUUGACUACGGGCAUCCAAACAGCGCUGGCCGCAGUGGUAAACCACAACAUCGUCGUCCGAAGGAGGACGAAACAUGACUUAAUAUAAUUUACCAUCAUGGUGAACAAGGAUCAGCAAGUGGACGUUACUCUGCAGCCAUGUAAGAGCGACUCUAGCGGAGCCAGCAUCAGCAGCGGGGAGAGCUCCAAGGAGAGUUCCCGGUGCUCCACGCCGCUGCUGGACGCAGACCGGUCGGUCAGGCUGCGGGACAAGAUGCGGAGGAGGAUGGAGUCCGGAGACCACUGGUUCUCACUGGAAUUCUUUCCUCCUCGCACAGCCAGUGGGGCCGUUAACCUCAUCUCAAGAUUUGACCGAAUGGGUUCUGGUGGCCCCCUGUUCAUCGACAUUACCUGGCACCCAGCAGGGGAUCCAGGCUCAGACAAGGAAACCUCAUCCAUGAUGAUUGCUAGCACAGCCGUCAACUACUGUGGCCUGGAGAGCAUCCUCCACCUGACUUGCUGCAAUCAGACCAAAGAGAAGAUUACUGGUUACCUGGCCAAAGCUAAGCACUUGGGCCUCAAGAACAUCAUGGCACUCAGAGGAGACCCAGUGGGAGCAGACUGGGAAGAAGAGGAGGAAGGCUUCAACUAUGCCAUCGACCUUGUUAAACAUAUCCGUUCAGAGUUUGAUGACUACUUUGACAUUUGUGUUGCUGGCUACCCCACAGGCCACCCUGAAGCAGAGAGCUAUGAGGAGGAUCUUAGACACCUUAAAGAGAAGGUGGAUGCUGGAGCAGACUUUGUAAUCACUCAGUUGUUCUUCAGGGCAGACACUUUCCUCAAGUUUCUGGAUGACUGCAGAGCAAUUGGUAUCAUGUGUCCCAUCCUACCUGGAAUCUUCCCCAUUCAGGGUUACCAGUCCCUGCGUCAGCUGGUCAAGCUGUCAAAACUUGAGGUACCAGAGGAGAUCACCAAGGUCAUCGAGCCCAUCAAAGACAAUGAUGCUGCUAUACGUAACUAUGGAAUCCAACAGGCCAUUGAGAUGUGCCGUGUGCUGCUGGACAGUGGCAAGGUACCAGGCCUUCAUUUCUACACACUGAAUCGAGAGGUCGCCACCAUGGAGGUGCUCCGACAGCUGGGCCUGUGGAUAGAAGACCCAAGGCGGCCUCUUCCCUGGGCAGUAAGUGCCCAUCCCAAACGGAAAGUAGAAGAUGUUAGACCUAUCUUCUGGGCCUCCAGACCCAAGAGCUACAUCUACAGAACCCAGGACUGGGAUGAGUUCCCCAACGGCAGAUGGGGAAACUCCUCAUCUCCAGCUUUUGGCGAGUUAAAUGACUACUACCUGUUCUACUUGAAGAGCAAGUCAUCUAAAGAUGCGCUGUUGCACAUGUGGGGUGAGGAGCUGAUGAAUGAAGAGAGUGUCUAUGAGGUCUUCACCUGCUACAUCACAGCCCAGCCAAAUCGCAGUGGACAUAAGGUGAUGUGUUUGCCAUGGAAUGAUGAGCCUCUGGCUCCAGAGACAAACCUGUUGAAGGAUGAGCUGGAGAAAGUGAACAGAAGAGGAGUCCUAACAAUCAACUCCCAACCCAACAUCAACGGCAAACCCUCCACAGACCCUAUAGUGGGCUGGGGACCUGCAGGAGGCUAUGUCUUUCAGAAGGCCUAUCUGGAGUUCUUCACGUCCAGUGAAAAUGUGACUGCUCUCCUCAAAGUACUGAAGAAGUAUGAGCCCCGUGUCAACUACCACAUUGUUAAUGUUCACGGGCGUAACCUGACGAAUGCCCCUGACUUGCAACCUAACGCUGUGACCUGGGGGAUCUUCCCUGGAAGGGAGAUUGUUCAACCUACUGUAGUGGACCCAGUCAGCUUUAUGUCUUGGAAGGAUGAGGCUUUUGCCCUGUGGAUUGAGCAGUGGGCCAAACUCUAUGAAGAAGAGUCUCCUUCACGGAUGAUCAUCAAGUAUAUUCACAACAACUACUUCCUGGUCACUCUCGUGGACAAUGAUUUUCCUCUAGAGAACUGUCUGUGGCAGGUCAUCGAAGAUAUGUUCGAAAUGCUUGAUGCUCCUCCAGAUCCACUCAAUGACAGAACAUUCUGAAAAAAAAAUAUUUUAAACCACUUUUAAGGAAAGUAGGAGCACUAUGGAACUGUCAAUUGUUUAUGCAUUGUCUGAAAGUUGCUAUUUACAGUGUAGAGCAUAGAGUAAGUGUACUUAACAGUAUUUUUAAAGACUUUUUCUAAAUAUUUUUUAACAUUUGAGUGAAUGGAAAUAUGAUAAAUUAAAUUCUUCUUUCUUUCCUAAACGAGACUGGAAACCAGGGACAGGAACAGGUGUUGGCCAGACUGUUGACCGGAAACCAGGAACGGGUGUCAACCAGACCGCCCAUGGGGAACCGGAAACGGAAACAAUUGUUGGCUGGACUGCUGACUGGGGAUUACUCUAUAGUUUGACAAAUAUUCAGAUGUGGGAGUUGCUGAAUAAUAUUCUAAUAUAGAUGUAUAUAGAACUUGGUAGUAUGGAGAUUUUCCACCCAUUAAGUAACUCAACAAAUGUACAUUUAUAAUUCAUCACCAUUCAGGGAAAUGGUGAUAGGCGGUAAGUAGAAUAAGAGAAGUCCAACCACUACACACACCAGAAGCCUUACUUUGAAAUAAUAUAGAUCACCUAGAUAGCUUUGCCAAAUAUAACUACACAAUCCACCUAGCAGUUUUGACACACAAAAAUUAAUUGCUGAAAACUUACUGCCUUUGAGCAAAGUUUGUUAUUAGUGAAAGAUUUGGCAACCAUGUGAUGUGAUGCAUCCCCCUCAUCUUCAGUCAGCGGUGUGGCCAUUUUUUGCACCUCGUCCCCAGUCGGCAGUCUUGCCGACACCUGCCACUCGUCUCCAGUCAGCCGUCCGGCCUGGUUCCCCAUUGACAGUCCGGUCGACACCUGUCCCUGGUUUCCCAUCAGCAUUCUGGUCGACAACUGUUCCUGUCCCUGGUGUCCUGUGGCAGUCCUGCACAAUACUCUGAUCAAAACAAAUUAAGGGAGGGGGGGUUUUCUUGCUCUUGCCUCUCCAUUGCCCCUGUUGUCACUUUCAUUUGCACCAAAGCAGGUGAAACUGAUUCACAAUCACUUGAGCUUCCUAAAUGAACAGAUUGAUAUCCCUGAAAUUUAACUGACGGUGUUACACUUUGACGAUACAGUUUUCCCUUAAUUUUUUUUAGCAGUCUGUAUAGCUAUAUAUAUGAACUUAACACUUUUCCUCCCGCCUUCCCCAAAAAUACCCUUUGUGAAGCUUGAGUUCAGUGCCUAAUAAAGGUCUUGCUUUAAGAUUAACUGCACAUUUUAGAGUGGCCUUUUUUGAGACCAGUCCAAGGCACAUCUGUGCAAUAAUCAUGCUUUAUUAUCAGCAUCAUUUGAUGUCACACCUGUUAGGUGGACGAAUUACAUUUAAGUUUUUGUGUAGAAAUAAGCUUUUUGUUUGCAUAGAGGAAAUCUUACAUUUCACACUUAAAUUCAUGAAAAAUGGGAGUGAAAACAAUAGCGAUGAUUUUCUAUUUUUGUUAUGUAUAAUUUCACAGUGGUAUACUAAAUAGUGCAUUAUAUGUAGUGUAACUAUAUAAAGAUGCAUCAAUAUAUUGGUAUAAAUUCACAAUAGUAUACAAUAUGAUCUGAACAUAAAAUACCAUGCAAAUUCCUUCUGCUCUUACAAUGUUUCCCAACUCUGAAGAGGUAUAAUAUUAGCUAACAGCAAUGUGAAAGACUAGAGGAGAGCAUUCCAAGAUGUUUGAAAGAGAGAAUUGAAAAUUUGGGUUAUUUCACUGAAUAUCGAUUUCUGAAAUUUGGCAAAAGAUGUAUGUGUACUAUUGUACUUUACUGAAAUAUGUUCUUGUUUUAAUGCAUUGCUGUACACCGAUUUAUUUUAAAAAAAAAUCACCUUCAUGAUUUCAUUGAUUGGGGUGUAGCCAGAGAGGCAAGAUGUUAAAAUCAAUGUACUUGCAGAGAGCAGUACCAGCACAUUUGUUCAUUGUGACACUGGUUCACUCUUCACAAUUGACUCAUUCACCAAUAUCUUCUUAAAAUUAUCUCAAAUUUGUUCUUAAGAAUGUUUCUAUGAAAACUCGACGUCAGACUUGUGUGUUCUUAAACUGCAGAAGUGGUCUUAUAUUGAUGAAUCCCAUAUCUUCCUAAAUUGAAAGUGCUUGCCAGUAAUACCCAAUUAGCAUGGCUUAUGGUCACUUAAGGGCAUGAGACUGCUCUGGCCUGUUUAAAUCCUGGAAACCACAAUUUACAUCAAUUGUAUUGGAUUUGGCUGCAAAACUGUUUACCCCUGAAACUCCAAAAGUGUUUUGUGGACUCAAACACUUCACCCACCCCUCCAUCGGCAUAGUGGCAAGUAGAUAAUGAGGGAAUUUUUACAUUCUAGCCACAGAAACUGCACUCAGGUUGGAGCACGCCGCAGCUUUGUCCGACGAGGUCGGGUUCUACGCGAUUGUAUAUAAAAAUUGUCUCUUCAAAACGUUUUACAUAGAAAAUACCUAAAAGUAGUUGAUGGGUGUUGGACCAAUGGAUACCCAGAAUCUGGUCAAGAUUACACCUUAUAUAGACAAACACCUAUAGCUCAAGCCUGUGUUGAGCUAUAGGUGUUGAAAAUAGCACCCAACCUCAGGAAUUUAAAAAUAAACAAAUUAAGUUUUCAAUAUGAACUAUUUUAUUAAACAAAAUGGAGGCCUCAGAAAACACACACAAAGACAAAAUCCCCAUAAUGGUAUCUUUUUGGUGCCUACUAACUGAACAUUUCAAUAAACAUGUUUUAUAUCCAG